AGAGACCACAACACCGAGAGCUAGACGGCAAAGCCAUGGCGAGGAAGGAGAGUUCCCGAUCCUCACACUCAUCCAUUAGAAAAUUCAGUGAUCCCAAGGCAAAGACACCAAGUCAAAAGAACAGCACGAUGGUCAGCGUUUCAACAGGAAUCUACCAGUUGUACUUUGCCAACAUAUGGACUCUUUGAAUCCCCCCCCGGCCACCCUCAGACCAUUUUAUAUAUCUCCCCACAAUAGAUUCUCCAUCCCCCUCCUCCAACUCCAUGUUAUAUACCCACUAACACCCCUCUCCCCUUCUCCCCCUCCAAACCCCUCAGUGUCCCUUCUAUCAUAUCUCCUUCUCCUUGCCUUUCUUCUUCGCUUUCCAAGACAUCGAUACCUAUAUACGUGCAUACAUACAUAUAUAUAUAAGCGAAGAGAAAGUAUGGUGGUGGCUUCUGUAACACCUGAACGCAAUGAGAGGAUCCGGGCACUGGGUAUCCCGGUGAUCGACCUCUCGUGGAGGAGAGAGCACGCAUCCGAGCUCAUUAUGAGAGCAUGCGAGGAGUUCGGCUUCUUUAAAGUCAUCAACCAUGGGGUGCCAAAAGAAGUCAUCAGCAGAAUGGAGGACGAGGGUGAGGAGUUCUUCUCCUUGCCAACCCACGAGAAGCAGAAGGCCGGGCCACCAAGCCCUCUUGGAUACGGGAGUCGGAAUAUCGGGUUCAAUGGUGAUAGCGGGGAGCUGGAAUAUCUUCUUCUCCACACCAGCCCAGUUUCCAUCUCCCAGAGAGCAAAGAUUAUAUGCAGGAAGGAUCCAAUCAAAUUCAGUUGUGUGGUGAAUGAAUACGUGGGGGCAGUGAAGCAGGUGGCAUGUGAGAUAUUGGAGAUGUUGGCAGAAGGACUGGGGCUGGGGGAGAAGGAGUCUUUUAGCAGGCUAAUAAGAGACACCGAGAGUGACUCCUUGGUCAGGCUGAAUCACUACCCUCCCUAUUACACCACUGGUGGCAAUGACAUCAAAGAUAGCCUCAGCAGGAGAAAUGGCAGCAAGAUCAAAGAUGGCAAAGGUGGCAGGAUUGGCUUUGGGGAGCACUCGGACCCUCAGAUCCUGAGCUUGCUUCGAUCCAACGACGUCGAUGGGCUGCAGAUACUGUCCUCGCACCACGACGACGGUGGCGUGUGGGUCCCCGUGCCGGCCGACCCGGCCGCCUUUUUCGUCAACGUCGGCGAUGCUCUCCAGGCCUUGACAAAUGGAAGAUUUGUUAGCGUGAGACAUAGGGCCAUGGCCAACUCCUACAACUCAAGGUUGUCCAUCAUCUUCUUUGGUGCACCUCCCCUCCAUGCAUGGAUCUCCCCUCUCCCUGAGAUGAUCACACCUGAAACACCUCAGCGCUACAAGUCGUUCACUUGGGCUGAAUACAAGAAGGCAAUGUACUCCCUCAUGCUUGGCCACAACAGGCUCGACCUCUUCCAUGCAGAUGAUGAAAAAGAAGAUGUCGAUUUGAUAAAAUCAAUUUAAGAUUUGUUCUUUAGAUAGUUUGUAGUCCAGUGCUUUUGGAUGAAGAAUAUCACAAGAGGGAGUGUUUCUUUUUUGUUAGUGUUCCCCCAAGUUUUGGUUGUUCCGCUGCUUUAUGAAAUUGAAGGUAAGAAGGGUUACGGAUUGGGUGCUUUUCACAUUGCAUCUGUAGAAGAGAAGUGGAUGUAAUAUAUGUUUAAUUUUGUAAACAA